UCGAUCAUCCAUCCUAGCUCCGGCCGGCCAAGCUAGGCUGGCUCAGGCUGUCAUCCUCAUGUUCCAAAAGUCUCGUCCCAUGUGACUCCCCGAUUCCAAUUCCCAUCAAUCUCCCCAUCUCCAUCUCAACCAAACACGGUGCAACUGGUGUGUAGCUAGGCUCCAGUGGCUGCCUAAGCACCGGUAUAAAACAAAGCUCUACGCGCGCCGGCACAUUACGCAGCUAGUUAAGCUAAGCUAGCACCGGGCGGGCGGGCUGCUGGAGUCUAGCUAGCUGCUGUUGCGCAUUGCCGCUUUAAGCAUGGCGCAGCUCCCGCCCAAGAUCCCCAUGGCCGCCGGCGCGCACCACUGGCCCGGGACCGGCGCGGGCGUCGACGGACACCACCACGGCGUGGGCGUGGGCGCGGCGGCGGCCUGGGCGGACGAGUUCGCCGAGUUCGCGGCUGCGCGGCGGGGCGCGCACCGCCGGUCGCUGAGCGACUCCGUGGCCUUCGUGGAGGUGGCGCCGGGUGCCGGCGACUUCGACAGGCUGGACGAUGACCAGCUCAUGUCCAUGUUCCCCGACGAGGGCGGGUCCACGGCGCCCGGGUCCGAGAACGGCAGCAGCGACAGCGACGGGGACAAGCGCAAGGAUCGGUACGGGAACGAGAAGAACGACGGGGCCAACGACCCCGAGGAGACGGCGCCGGGGCAAGCCACGCCGACCUCGUCGACGGAGACGAUCCGAGACCCCAAGAGGGUCAAGAGGAUACUGGCAAACCGCCAGUCGGCUCAGAGGUCGCGGGUGAGGAAGCUGCAGUACAUCUCCGAGCUAGAGCGCUGCGUCACCACCCUGCAGAACGAGGUGUCCGUGCUGUCUCCCCGGGUGGCGUUCCUGGACCAGCAGCGGACCAUCCUCACCGUCGGCAACAGCCACCUCAAGCAGCGGAUCGCGGCGCUGGCGCAGGACAAGAUCUUCAAGGACGCUCAUCAAGAGGCGCUCAAGGAGGAGAUCGAGAGGCUCCGGCAGGUGUACCAGCAGCAGAACCUCAGGAUGUCGUCCGGCGCGGCCGCCGACCAGCACGCCCACGGCGGGCCGCCUCCCGUGCGCCAGGAGAAAGAGCUCAUGAGCUGAUCGAGCCAUGGCCGGCGAGUCCGUCCUGUUCCGUCUUCCGUGCAGUCCGCCGCCAUCCCCUCCGCCUUAUCAUUGACCCGGCGGGAGGGAAACAUGGCAUCGAUCACGCGUGCGUGGGUGCACGAAACUGUGGAUGCUUUCCUGAUUUCUCAUUCUUCUUGUUCAUUGACCUGUGUGUAUCAUUCUUUGCGUGUCUGGUUUCAGUUUUGGUUUCUUACCGUUGGAAACUUGUGAAGAAAAAACUCAAAAGUGUACAUCGAGUUGUAAAUUCUGUUGUAGCACGCACGGCCUCUUCUUGUGUAUGUAGAUUGUUUCAGUUUA